AUGGGGGAGGUGGAGCCGGGGCCCGCGGCCCCUUUGGAGCCCCCGGAGCUUCCCGAAGCGCUCGUGAGCCACCGGCCGGGAGGAAUCCGGGUACUGAAGAGAAACAUGAAACACAAUGGGAGCAGAAAUUGUUUGAAUAGGAGAAGCAGGUUUGGUUCUCGAGAAAGAGAUUGGCUGAGAGAAAAUGUGAAGAGAGGCUGUGUUUACCUUUAUGGAGCAGAAACGACCACUGCCACUACAACCACCACCACCUCCUCCUCUGACUUACGUCUCGUCCUUUGCACAGUGGAGACACCAGCAUCUGAAAUGUGUGCUGGAGAGGGAAAGGAAAGCCUUUAUUUACAGCUUCAUGGAGAUUUGGUCCGGAGACUUAAGCCUACUGAACGACCUCUUCAGAUGGUUUAUGAUUAUUUAUCCAGGCUGGGCUUUGACGAUCCUGUGCGCGUGCAGGAAGAGGCAACAAAUCCUGACCUUGGCUGUAUGAUUCGAUUUUAUGGUGAAAAGCCAUGCCAGAUGGAUCACCUAGACCGAAUCUUUCUGUCUGGCAUCUAUAAUGUGCGCAAGGGAAAGACCCAGCUGCACAAAUGGGCUGAGCGCGUAGUUGUUCUCUGCGGCACCUGCCUCAUUGUUUCCUCAGUGAAGGAUUGUCAAGCUGGAAAGAUGCACAUUUUACCUCUGGUUGGGGGAAAGGUAGAAGAAGUGAAGCGACGGCAGUACUCGCUUGCAUUCACUUCAGCUGGAGCCCAAGCUCAGACCUAUCAUGUCAGCUUUGAGACUUUGGCUGAGUGUCAGAGAUGGCAACGACAAGCGUCUAAGGUGGUGUCCCAGCGAAUCAGUACAGUUGAUCUCUCAUGCUACAGCCUUGAGGAGGUUCCUGAACAUCUCUUCUACAGUCAAGAUAUCACCUACCUCAACUUGCGACACAACUUUAUGCAACUAGAAAGACCAGGGGGCCUUGACUCUCUCUACAAAUUUUCUCAACUGAAAGGUCUGAACUUGUCCCAUAAUAAACUUGGGCUGUUUCCUACUUUGCUGUGUGAGAUCUCUACCCUGACUGAGCUCAACCUUUCCUGUAAUGGAAUUCAUGACCUGCCAAGUCAGAUAAGCAGUCUGCUGAAUCUUCAAACCCUCAGUCUUGAUGGCAACUUUCUGACCACUUUACCUGAAGAAUUGGGAAAUCUGCAACAGCUUUCUUCCUUGGGAAUUACGUUCAACCAUUUUAAUCAAAUUCCUGAGGUUUAUGAAAAGCUGACUACUUUAGAUAAAAUGGUUAUGGCAGGAAAUCAACUAGAAGCCCUGAACUUAGGAGUGCUGACCCGGAUGAGCCAUAUCAAGCAUGUAGAUUUAAGAUUGAACUGUUUGAAGACCAUGGUUACUGAAAAUCUGGAGGGAAAUAAAUACAUCACCCACAUGGAUUUGCGAGACAAUCAACUGACUGACUUGGAUCUUAGCUCUUUAUAUGGUUUGGAGCAGCUGCAUUGUGAGCGGAACCAGCUGAGGGAACUAACACUCAGUGGCUUCUCCCUUCGAACCCUCUAUGCUAAUUCGAACAGGCUUACAGCAGUGAAUGUUUAUCCAGUACCCAGUUUCCUCACUUCCCUAGAGCUUUCCCGAAACCUGCUAGAAUGUGUCCCUGACUGGGCCUGUGAAGCAAAGAAGAUAGAAAUAUUAGAUGUCAGUUAUAAUCUCCUCACAGAGGUUCCCCUGAGAAUUCUGAGUAGCUUGAGUCUUAGAAAACUGAUGGUGGGACACAACCAUGUGCAAACCCUUCCUGUGUUGACGGAGCACAUCCCGCUGGAGGUGUUGGACAUUCAGCAUAACUUACUCACCAGACUGCCAGAUACUCUUUUCUCCAAGGCCUUAAAUCUCAGGUACUUGAACGCAUCCGCAAAUAGUCUGGAGUCCUUACCAUCUGCCUGCACUGGGGAGGAGAGUCUGAGUAUGCUGCAGUUGCUCUACCUGACGAGCAAUCUCCUGACAGAUCAGUGUAUCCCUGUGCUGGUGGGACAUCCACACCUGCGAAUCUUACAUCUUGCAAACAAUCAACUACAGACUUUUCCAGCAAGCAAACUCAAUAAAUUGGAGCAACUGGAAGAAUUGAACCUGAGUGGCAACAAACUAAAAACCAUUCCCACAACCAUAGCAAACUGCAAAAGGCUGCAUACCCUUGUUGCACACUCCAACAAUAUCAGCAUUUUCCCAGAAAUACUGCAGUUGCCUCAGAUUCAGUUUGUAGACUUGAGUUGCAAUGACUUGACAGAAAUCCUGAUUCCGGAGGCUCUGCCUGCUACAUUACAAGACCUCGAUCUAACUGGAAACACAAAUCUGGUCCUAGAACACAAGACCCUGGACAUAUUUAGCCAUAUCACAACUCUGAAAAUUGAUCAGAAACCUUUGCCAACCACUGAUUCUACAGUCACAUCAACUUUCUGGAGCCAUGGACUGGCUGAGAUGGCAGGGCAGAGAAAUAAGCUAUGUGUAUCCGCCCUAGCUGUGGAUAACUUUGCAGAGGGGGUGGGAGCUGUGUAUGGCAUGUUUGAUGGGGACCGAAAUGAGGAGCUCCCUCGCCUACUGCAGUGUACAAUGGCAGAUGUGCUUUUGGAAGAGUUACAGCAGUCAACAAAUGACACAGUUUUCAUGGCUAACACCUUCUUGGUAUCUCACAGAAAAUUAGGAAUGGCUGGCCAGAAGCUGGGCUCCUCUGCUCUCCUGUGUUACAUCCGACCUGACACUGCCGAUCCAGUGAGCACUUUUAGCUUGACUGUGGCCAAUGUUGGCACGUGCCAAGCAGUCUUGUGUCGAAGUGGGAAACCAGUGUCCCUCUCUCAAGUCUUCAGCCUGGAGCAGGAUCUAGAGGAGGCACAAAGGGUUAAGGACCAAAAAGCCAUCAUAACAGAGGACAACAAAGUGAAUGGGGUAACCUGCUGUACCCGGCUGCUGGGCUGUACAUACCUCUACCCUUGGAUCCUCCCCAAGCCCCACAUAUCUUCCACUCCACUUACUAUUCAGGAUGAGUUGCUGAUUCUGGGGAACAAAGCAUUGUGGGAACACUUGUCAUAUACAGAAGCUGUUAAUGCAGUGCGUCAUGUACAAGACCCAUUAGCAGCUGCCAAGAAGCUGUGCACGUUAGCACAGAGCUAUGGUUGUCAGGACAACGUGGGGGCCAUGGUGGUUUAUUUGAAUAUUGGUGAGGAAGGUUGCACUUGUGAAGUGAAUGGGAUCACUCUUCCAGGUCCUGUGGGAUUUGCUUCAACGACCUCCAUCAAGGACCCCCCAAAGCCAACCACUCCUUCCUCUAGUAGUGGUAUUGCCUCUGAGUUCAGCAGUGAAAUGUCCACUUCAGAGGUGAGCAGUGAAGUGGGGUCUACGGCUUCUGAUGAACAUAACACUGGGGGCCUGGAUCCUGGCUUGCCUCCAAGGCCAGAGAGACGCUGCAGCCUUCAUCCAACACCCACUUCUGGGGUUUUUCAGCGGCAGCCUUCUUGUGCAACUUUUUCAAGUAAUCAGUCAGACAAUGGUCUGGACAGCGAUGAUGACCAGCCAUUAGAAGGGGUCAUCAUAAAUGGCAGCAAGGUAGAAGUAGAGGUAGAUAUCCAUUGCUGUAGAGGCAGAGAUCUUGAGAACUCUCCUACUUUCACUGAGAAUUCUCCUACCCCGUGUCCUGAGGAACAUGCUAGAGGCUUGUUUUUUGGGAUCAGAAGACAGAACAGUGUGAAUAGUGGCAUACUCCUGCCGGUGAGCAAGGAUAAGAUAGAGUUGCAGAAGUCUCCCUCCACUUCCUGUCUCUAUGGAAAGAAGCUCUCUAAUGGCUCUAUCGUGCCCCUGGAAGAUAGCCUGAACCUCAUUGAGGUGGCCACAGAAGCCCCCAAGAAGAAAACUGGCUAUUUUGCUGCCCCAACUCAGCUAGAACCAGAGGAUCAGUUUGUUGUACCUCGUCACCUGGAGGAAGAAGUGAAGGAGCAAAUGAAGCAGUGCCAGGAAAGCAGGCCCGAGCCUGAGCCCAGCGAAGAGGAGCCGAGCGAGCUCCCUGAGGAGUUUGACACAGCGCUCUAA